AUGUCCCUGAAUAAUUUCAUUUACAAUGCUAAAACUAAUGAUUCAAGUUUACAGGAUUUAGAAGAUAAUUUAAAUUCAAUUUAUAAAACUUAUACAACUAAUAAUAAUAAUAAUGAUAGUAUAGAUACUUUAGAUUCAAAUAAUAAUACGGCUGGUAGUCAUAUGUUUCAUUAUAAAGUUAAUUAUAAUAAUGGUCAAACUCCUCAACAAUUACCCAUGGUACAUGUUUCUUCAAGAUUAUCUUCUCUUGGUGAUAUGCAAGAUGCAAGAGAAACUAUAACUAAAAGUGCACCUGGUACUCCAUUAUCAAUGAGUUCGUUUGAUUUUAGACCAAAUUAUCCACGUGCAGUAACAAAUUCUUCAUUAAAUGUUUUAUUAGAUACUCCAGGAAUAGAUUCUGAAUUUAGACAAUUGGUCGAUCAAACUCCACCACCAAUAUCACAACCACGGCCACCAGAAUCAGAAGAAUUUAUAGAUGCAGAACAAGAUGAAAUACCGAAAUCAAAAGAAAUGAAGGAAGAUGAACUUGUAUGGAGAAAUCGUGGUGCAGCUGCAAGAACUGUUCGUUCAAAUAAUGGAGAACCUCAAAUAAUAAGAAGAAGUGUUGGAGAUUUUAAAUUUGGUAAAGAAUUAGGAGAAGGCUCUUAUUCAACAGUUAUAUUAGCCACUGAUAAAUUUACUUCAAAACAGUAUGCCGUUAAAGUUUUAGAUAAAAGACAUAUUAUAAAAGAAAAAAAAGUCAAAUAUGUAAAUAUAGAAAAACAUGCAUUAAAUAGAUUAAGUAAUAGAAUGGGGAUAAUUUCACUAUAUUUUACAUUUCAAGAUAAAGAUUCAUUAUAUUUUGUUUUAGAUUAUGCUGCAAAUGGUGAAUUAUUAACAUUAAUUAAAAAUCAUAAUACUUUAAAUGAAGAAUGUACAAGACAUUUUGGUGCUCAAAUUUUAGAUGCAAUUAAAUAUAUGCAUGAUAAUGGAGUAAUUCAUAGAGAUAUAAAACCCGAAAAUAUAUUAUUAGACGAUAAAAUGAGAAUUCAAAUGACUGAUUUUGGUACUGCUAGAUUAUUAGAAAAGAAAAAUGAUGAAAGUGAAGAUUAUCCUGUUGAUGUAAGAGCAAAAUCUUUUGUUGGUACUGCUGAAUAUGUUUCACCUGAAUUAUUAGAAAGUAAAUAUUGUGGUAAACCUGGUGAUAUUUGGGCUUUUGGAUGUAUCAUUUAUCAAAUGAUUGCUGGUAAACCACCUUUCAAAGCUACAAAUGAAUAUUUAACAUUUCAAAAAAUUACAAAAUUACAAUAUGCAUUUAGUGCUGGAUUUCCAAAUAUUUUAAGAGAUUUGGUUAAGAAAAUUUUAGUACUUCAACCUUCAAGAAGAGCAACUAUUUCUGAUAUUCAAAAUCAUUAUUUUUUUAAUGAUGUUGAUUUUGAUGAUUUUGAAUCAAUUUGGUAUCGUGAAACACCAGAAAUUGGACCUUAUAAAAUGACUGCAAAAUCAAUGAUGAAAAUACCUGAACAUUCAUCAUCUUCUGCCAUGAUCAAUAAAAAGCAAAUAAGAAAAACAUCAAGUAAUAAUUCUCCAGUAACACCAAGGUCAAGACCAUCAAAUCAGGGUAAAACUAGUAUUGAGAAAUCAAUUCCUAAAACUGCAUCAACUGCAAAUAGUAGUAAUGAAAGAGUUAGUGCCGCUAGUGUUGCUGCAUUUGUAUUAAAUAAACCUAAUAAUAACUCAAAUUCAAGUUUUGAAGAUGCUUUAUCAUCAACUAAAAGCUCAACUACUGAUUUGAAUAAUACAAGAACAAACUCAAGAAAAUCUCAAGCUGAUUAUAUUCCAGGUACAAAUAUAUUAAGACCACAAAUAAAUACUAGACCUUCAGUGGCAUCUUAUUCAAAAUCAUCAUCAAGAAGUGACCGUUCAAAAUCAGUAACUAAAUCAACCACACCUAAACCUUUAGAAGUAACACCACCAACAACACUAGAAACUGCAUGGAGAGCUUAUUUAUCCCAUCCAGAUGAAAGAGUGUUAAGAAUUGGACCUGUGAUAUUUCACAAAGAAUCAACAGAAUUAUUUGAAAGGAAAAAUAAAGCAUUAUUACAUGAAUCACCAUUAGAUAUGGCCAAAACUCAAAGAAAUAAUCGAUCUGGUACAAGUCUACUAUCUCAAAUGGUAAAUGGAGUGAAUCCUAUAGAACAUACAAAUGUUGAUGAAUCAAUUGCUAUAUCUGAACCAGAAUUGACAGCUGCAUUAAAAAGAAACUCUUCUAAAAAAGAACAAAGAAAAUCAUCAGGUGGAUUAGAAAGAUCAGCUUCAAGUGGAAAAUCAAGUAGACUUAACAAACAUUCAUUUUUUAAGAAAUUAGGAUUGGGUCAAAUCAACGAAAAGAAAGAUAAUGAUAUUAGUGAAGAAACCAUCAUUAAUCAAUAUUCUCUCGGAAAACCACAAACAUCUACAAUGGUCGUUACUAGUCAUGGUAGAGCAUUAAUUUUUACAAGAAAUGAUAUUGAUGCAAACUAUAAAUUAAUACUUGAGAUUCAAUUAAAAUAUCCAUUCAUACAUUUUCAAGAAUUGGUAUCUUCACAAAAUAAAUUUUCAAAAUUAUUACCAACAGUUGGCGUAUUUGUUAUUUCAUCAACGGAAUCUUCCUUUGUUUUUGAAGUUGAAAAAUUUGAAGUAAAUCAAUGGACUGAAGUAUUGUUUAAAGCAAAAACAAAUGAAAUCGAAAGAGGUAAAUUAAUACAAUCUAAUGCCAAAGACGAACAACAACAACAAAAGAAAUCUGAAAGUAAAAAGGUUGCAAACACUUCGAAUAAAUCAUCACCUAAAUUAUUAGCAUCACCAGCAUUCAAACAAGUACAAACACCUUUAGAAUCAAAAUCUAAACAAUCAAAUAACACAACUACUUCAGAACCUUCCAGAUCAAGAGAGAAUCACCAAUCUUCAAGUAUGUUGAAAUUAAAAUUAAAAACAAACACACCAAGAAGAAAACCACCUCCUCCUGUUAGUCCUCCAACUGAAGUUAAUGUACAUACGGGAUUACCAAAGACAUCAGGGGAAACUGGAUUCUUACAUGCUGCACAAUUGGCAGUUUCAAAUAAUGCAAGUCCAGUUACAAAUAAUAGAAGAUCUAGUUUUUCAAAGAGUGAUGGAUCAAAGAUUGAUACAAAUAAGAUUAGAACAACUUAUAAUAGUAAUAAUAGUGAAAGUUCACCAUCUUCACCGACAAUAACAACAAUGAAUUCAAAAUUUUUAGCUAGAUCGAGAAAGAAAUAA